AUGUCUUCGGAGCCGGAGCAGGACCAGCGACCCAGCAGCAACGCCGAACAUUCACCUGUGUCCUCCCUGCCCGCGCCCGCGCCCGUGCCCGCGCCCGCCGACGCUACCUCCGCUGCUGCCACCGACGACGCGCAGCCACAGUCGGAGUUGCGAGAGCCGCUCAGAUCACCACCGCGUUCGAAGAGGCCUAGCAAUCUGACGCAGACGGGGAGAGACCCACUCCCCCGGCCCAACAUCAACUCCACCCACGACCCAAGAUCACCAACUGCCACUUCAGAAGGCCAGCUCAGUCCUGCUGCUGCCGACCGUAUCUUCCCCAUACGCUCGGUCAUAUCAGUAGACCCCUCCCCGACUCCUACUCAACAUGGUACUCGUUCGGAAGGAUACUUUCACAACGCUGCGUGCGCAAGACGCCAGUCCUACAGCCGCGGCUCCAGCUCUAAUCGGGAGAAUUGGCAAGUACAAACGCCCAGCCAGGACCGACACACGAGCGCAGAUCGAACGAGUGAGCAUGUGCCGAGCUCUUCCGAACGCCAUGCCUCUAUAUCUACCCAGGGCGAAUCUUCGCACAGUACACCGGCACAGAACCGAAACCCCCAGCAGCUAAUCAAUGACAUCAUGAAUGAGACGGGCAGCGUGGAUAGCGGAGACGCGAGAUCUUCUGCCCCAAGUGAACGUCGUGGUGCUGUUCGCACAGGCUCAGCGCGAAGCGCAAGAAGCAGUAUGGAUGAUACGGGACCGCUGGUAACUGCGCGUUUCAAACAUGUGGUGACAGAUGGCGGGCACGCUGUCAUUACUGGCAGAGAUGGUGAGACCCUACAGCGCUGCGAAGACGAGCCAAUCCACAUUCCUGGUGCAGUGCAAGGGUUUGGACUUUUGAUCGCACUGGAGGAGAAGCAGGAAGGGAAACUUCUCGUUCGGGUGGUCAGCGAAAACUCGAAACAGCUUAUUGGAUACUCACCGAAGCAGCUAUUUGGUCUGGAAAGUUUUACAGACAUUCUCUCGGAGGAACAGGCGGACAAUCUACUGGAUCACGUUGACUUCAUCAGAGACGAAGAUGCGGAUGUCGUGACCAAUGGACCCGAGGUCUUCACGAUGUCCAUACGAAGCCCGCAACGGAAGAGUCACAAGUUCUGGUGCGCAAUGCAUAUCAACGAGCGGAACCCGAACUUGAUCAUCUGCGAGUUUGAGCUUGAAGACGACCCAAUCAAUCCUCUCGUUCCGCCAAACGACGACACAACACCCGAGCCACCAGAAGACACCUUGAACAGCAAUCCCACUCAGGAGGAGUUCAUUGAGAGCACUGAGAAUUCGAGCAAACCUUUGAGGGUUCUGCGAAGUGCUCGCAAACGCAAAGGCGAGGCUGCCGCCAUGGAGGUGUUCAACAUCAUGUCACAAGUCCAGGAACAGCUGGCAAGCGCGCCGAAUCUGGAAAAGUUUCUCAAAGUCUUGGUCGGUGUUGUCAAAGAGCUAACGGGCUUUCAUCGCGUCAUGAUAUAUCAAUUCGACCCUAAUUGGAAUGGACGAGUCGUCACGGAGCUGGUUGAUCCUCGAGCGACGAAGGAUCUCUACAAAGGCCUGCACUUCCCGGCAUCGGAUAUCCCAAAACAAGCUCGCGACCUCUACAAGCUCAACAAAGUCCGCAUGCUCUUCGACAGAGAUCAUGAGACUGCUCGCCUUGUGUGUCGUACCGUGGAGGACCUCGAAACACCCCUCGAUCUCACAUAUUCCUACCUACGGGCGAUGUCGCCCAUCCACCUGAAGUACCUGGCGAACAUGGCAGUGCGCUCAUCCAUGUCGGUAUCGAUCAACGCCUUCGGUGAGCUGUGGGGACUCAUUGCGUGUCACACAUACGGCUCCAAGGGCAUGCGUGUCUCUUUCCCAAUUCGCAAGAUGUGUCGGCUUGUGGGCGACUCGGCUUCACGCAACAUUGAGCGAUUGUCCUACGCGAGUCGUCUCCAAGCGAGAAAGCUCAUCAACACCGUCCCAACCCAAAGUAAUCCCUCUGGAUACAUCAUUGCGUCCUCAGAAGACCUGUUGAAGUUGUUCGAUGCGGAUUUUGGCCUCUUGUCUAUCCGCGACGAAACGAAGAUUCUCGGGCAUAUGGAGCAAUCUCAAGAAGCCCUUGCACUGCUGGAGUAUUUGCGCAUGAGACGUGUCACCAACGUCAUGACUUCACAGGACGUCAAAGAAGACUUUCCAGACCUUCGAUAUCCACCAGGUUUCACCGAGAUUGCCGGUCUUUUACUUGUUCCGCUGUCCUCUGGGGGCCAAGACUUCAUCGUUUUCUUCCGAAAGGGCCAAUUGAAGGAAGUAGUGUGGGCAGGAGAUCCAAAUCUGAAGCACAUCAGAGAGGGCACUGAAGGCUAUCUGGAACCACGCAAGAGUUUCAAGGCGUGGAGUGAGACUGUUGUCGGGAAGUGCCGAGAGUGGACAGAAGAAGAGAUUGAGACUGCGGCUGUGCUCUGUCUGGUCUACGGAAAAUUCAUCGAGGUCUGGCGGCAAAAGGAGGCUGCACUGCAAAAUAGUCAGCUCACGCGUUUGCUUCUGGCCAAUUCCGCGCAUGAGGUGAGGACGCCAUUGAACGCCAUCAUCAACUAUCUGGAAAUUGCUUUGGAGGGAAGUCUCGACCAAGAGACGAGAGACAACCUCGCUAAAUCCCACUCGGCUUCAAAGUCGUUGAUUUAUGUCAUCAACGACCUUCUGGAUCUCACGAAGACCGAAGAAGGCGGCGAGCUGACGAAAGACGAGGUGGUUGACCUUUGCGCCACGCUCUACGAAGCCACAGAUAUGUUCAAGGGCGAUGCGCGCAGGAAGAAUCUUACGUACGAAGUGACAGAUCGGCCCGGCUUGCCUCGCCAAGUGAUUGGAGAUCAGCGAAGAAUCCGACAAGCCAUCAGUAACGUCACAGCCAAUGCAAUACAGAACACCACGCAGGGUGGUGUGAAGGUCGAGAUGUAUCUUACUUCUCGGCAAGCCGACCAUGCUGAGGUGGAGGUUAGCAUCACAGACACCGGCGUUGGCAUGAAUUCAAAGAAGCUCGAUGCUCUGUUCCGAGAGCUUGAACAGGUGCAGACGGAGCAAAACAACACGCUGGCCGGAUCCAUGAUCACAGAUAAGGCUUUACCGGAAGCACCGAAGAAUGCAGAUCGGACACUUGGUCUUGGCUUGGCGGUGGUUGCCCGUAUCGUCCGAAACAUGAAUGGACAGCUUCGCUUAAAGUCUGAAGAGGGCAAGGGCUCGAGGUUCAUCAUUCAAUUCCCCUUCGAGCUUGCUGGGUCGGAGCCACAACAGCAAGCUCUCGAGGCGCCCGGCUCUGACCUCGGCUCUGUGACACCGCACGCCGAAAGUCUUGCCGAGCCACAGACUCCUGCCAACGCAGAUAUGAUGACCCUGGUCGAGCGCGGCAGUGGGACUCGACGUGGCUCUGGCGAUAGAAGUCAACCGGGCAUGUUGCGGAAAGACAGCAGUGAGAGCGUCGAGAGCAGGAACAGUCUCCGAAGUCAUCGCAGCGUCUUAAGCAAAGCCUCCUCUGCCCACAGCAACAGGAGCGAAGCUGAUCGAUUGAUCGAGGCCAUACAGGAACCUCAUCAAGUGGAGGGAUGGCGCAAGAACAGUCCCAAGCGAUUGUCCGCUGAACGCGGCGAGUCUAUACGUCCCAAGCUCGAUAAGCGUCACACAUCUACGGGCGUCAACGAGCUUGGUUCGCCGAUUAAGGGUCGUUCAAGCACCAUUGACAUUACACCAGCAUCCGCCAAGAACGUUCCAGGCGAAUCUCAGGUCACAGACCAGGGCCAGCCUAUCAGACCAGUCAAGAUGCAGGAUGAGUCUUUCAGUCCACCGGCGUCAUCAUUGGAGCGGCCUGGCUCGGCUCCAUCGUCUGUGAAAGGGCUUGAGCAACUGCCCGAGACAGCAUCUCCACCGGAUUCCCAGCACAUGAACGUGUUAGUCGCGGAGGACGAUCCCGUCAACAGCCGUAUCAUCAAGAAACGUCUAGAGAAGCUGGGUCACAGCGUGUUCCUUACCGUCAACGGCGAGGAGUGCUCAACUGUCUACUGUGAAAAGACGGGCUUCUUCGACAUCGUCCUCAUGGAUAUGCAGGCAAGUGAUGAUCGUAGAUACACUGCUCGCAAUGUGUUACUGACUGUCUCAGAUGCCUAUUGUAGAUGGCCUUACAUCGACGAAGAUGAUCCGGUCCUUCGAGAAGACACAUCCCACGAAGCUUCUCUCCACUCGUGCUGCGCUUAAUGGGCGUGUUCCGAUCAUCGCUGUGUCGGCCUCUCUCAUUGAGCGAGAACGACGCAUGUACAUGGAUACUGGGUUUGAUGGCUGGAUACUCAAACCUAUUUCAUUUGCUCGCCUCUCGGAGAUAAUGGAAGGUGUUGUGGACAGGCAAGUCCGUUUAAAGAACCUAUACCAGCCUGGCUCCUGGGAGCUUGGAGGCUGGUUUGAUGAAAUACAGAAAGACGCGUACGCGGCGGACACAAGACCGAGCGGACGACCACCUCAGGCUGCUCUGGAGGCCGGGGCGGCCAGCGAAGGGGUCAAGAUUGCUGCAGCAAGAGACGGGCCAGCGACGAAGGAGGAGAACGAAAGUGAACAAAGCCAAGAACAGAUCCGGCUAAUCGAAGAACAGGAGAAGGAGAAGAAUCAACAGCGGUCGUCAGAGGCAUCAGGUGAUGCUUCCAAGGACGACCCAUCUACGACUCUCCCCGAGCAGAGUUGA